AUGACCACUGCCGCCUUCUUAAGGAUCAAUACUGAUGACCAAUCACUUCUGAACGAACUUCUGGAUUCCCAGAGUCUGCUGGAUGUGAUCACCCCCCUGGUCGGCCGCCCCCUCCCCGCUGCUGUCACCCCCCUGCAGGACAGACCCCCCUCUGGAGUCAGCGUGGACACACAGACAUCACCUGCAUUUUGCCAUGGCAACGGGGGAAACAAGAGCAAUGUGCAGGCAACCCCCAUACAGAGCCACAUCAAUAAAAGCAAGGUGGCAUGUCUUGGAACCCCCAUGCCUAGCCACAUCACUACCAGCAUGGUGCAUUCUGCAACCCCCAUGCAGAACCACACCAGUAAGAACAACGCCUGCUCCAUAACCCCCAUGCACACCCACGUCAGCAACAGUAAGAUGUCUUCCCCCAUCGAGACUCCAAAGCAGAAUCUUCAGACAGCCUUGGAGACGUCGGUCUGUACACCUUUCGUAGGGAAGGAGUCUUCUAGCGAAUCAGACAUUACAGGUACAUAG